GAAGUCGAUGUCGUCGUAUCAACGAAAUCGGGCGUCGGUCUUUCUCUGCAGUUCUGGCAGAGUGUAUUACAGCCUCUCUGGACCGUGAUCGCAGAGCAGUCAUCCGAUGCAGACGGCCGAGAGUCACCAAACGUUCUUGUCACGGAAGAUGCGCAAAGCGUUCGGAAAUUCGCCCGACGCGUUGGUGGCUCUGAGGGCAAAUCGGCCGGCGAAAUCGCUGAAUCAAGGACCAUUAUUCUUCUAAGCGGAGAUGGCGGCGUUGUCGACCUCAUAAAUGGCAGCUCUCACGAUGAAUCUGUAUUGGAGCAGCGACAGUUACUCUUAGCACUUCUCCCGCUGGGCACAGGAAAUGCUCUUUUCCACUCUUUGCACAAGCCCCUUGGCAAGACUGAAGAUGCCUCUCCUCUGGUACUGGGUCUGAGGACGCUAUUCAGCGGCGUUCCCGCAAACUUGCCUCUAUUCCGAGCGUCGUUCUCCCCGGGGUCGCGCAUCGUCAAAUUCACACCGACGACCGAAGAGCCUUUGGGAGACGACGCCUCCAGUAAUCCGUUACAUCUCGAGAAAGAAGAAACUCGAGUAUCGCAUCUCUUUGGUGCCGUGGUGGCAAGCUACGGCUUUCACUCCAGCAUAGUCUAUGAAAGCGAUACUCCCGAGUACCGUGUCCAUGGCGACAAACGUUUUGGCAUGGUUGCCCAAGAGCUCCUCCGCGAAUCACAUCCUUACAAUGCUCAGGUAGAUGUUCGCCAUCCCUCUUCGUCCUCGGCAUCGCAGUGGGAGACUAUCCCGGGAGAUAAGCAUGCCUAUGUGCUAGUGACGCCGCUCUCUAACUUGGAGCGCACAUUCACGAUAUCUCCCGCGAGUAAGCCUCUUGAUGGGAAGCUCCGUUUAGUGCAUUUCGGCACCAUAGGGGGCGAAAGGACGUUGGAUGUCAUGAUGAAGGCGUAUGAUGAGGGAAAGCAUAUUGGGAUGAAGUGGGAUGAUGGACAUGAGGUGCGGUAUGAAGAGGUGGAUGAAGUGAAAGUGACGGUUUUGGAAGAGGAUGAGAGAUGGCGAAAGGUGUGUAUUGACGGUACAAUUGUUGACAUACCUCAAGGAGGGGAGCUGUCUGUACGAAAAGAAGAGAAGAGUGGGUUUAACAUUUUGGUU